AUGGAGACCGUCUAUGUACCGCCACACCUUCGGAAGAAGGUAAAAUCUACAACGGUAUCAGACGCGCCACCAACACCUGUCGCAAUACCAUCCGUGGUGCCCAGCUCGAAGCCACAGGAGCGAUCCGAUGACGACUUGUACACGGUCCAGGAAAUCCACAACUACUUCUGGGGAGAGGGAGCCGUCACCGAAGAUGCGCAUAACGCUACCCUCCAUUCCUCCGCGACCAACCCGAACGGUCUAUCGUGGGUGCUGUUGUUCAACGGCGCGAACCCGAAGUGGGACGAGGACGGAGUUAUAUUCGUCAAGAGCAACCUGAACCUUCUCACGGUAGCCACACCUCCUUCCGAGCCUAAAACAGUAAUCGCCGUCGCAGUACCUACACAACGAUUAGACGAACCGGGUGAGGACGGAGGUGUUAUGCUACCAACGAGCAGCGAAGUCGCAGACGAGGAUUAUGAGGAGAGUUCAUGGGGUGGAACACCGGAGCCUGCCAGCACUGAGCCGCUAUCGAAUCGCCAGAACGAGAGAGUUCUCAUCGACUACUCUCCAAUUGCCGUCUUCUCUCAGCCUGUCCCGCGUGCUAGCCGAUCAUUCAAGUUCAUCGGAUGGUACGAGAUUGAACACCUACAAAUCCUCGAGCCUGGUUCCCAAGGGCUGCUUCAUAUGUUGUGGGAUAAGUGGAAGACGAAGGACAAAUACGGCAGCUAUAACAAGGGCAAACCGAGGAUUGAAAGAAGCGAAGAUACGGAAGAUAUGACCAGAGAUGGCGGAGGACAGCGCGUCGAUGACAUGCUGGCUGAGAUGAGGAUCGAAGGCGAAGGCAAAGUGGUGACGCCCGAGGAAGAGGACACUUGA